CAGAGGGAAACGCCGCUAGCUUCCUGCAAAACACAUCCCCUAAACAACAGUCAAAGCUUUUACACAAUAAACUAAACUUGGGACGCGUAAUUUAACCCGGAUACCGCUUUCUCCUUCAAUGGGUCCGAGGAGAGGAGGAGAGAGAGACGUGUGACCGGAGCUGAAGAUGGAUGACACCCAGGAGCUGCCGACGAAGAAGGCCAAGCUCGACCUGGACCCAGCUCUGGAAAAACAACCAAGAGCUGAAGACAGAAGUCCAGGUGAUGUGUUGGAUUCUUCAGAACAGGAGGCAUCGUACUCUGCUCUGUCCAACGCUCUGGACUCAGGAGAGCCGGAGCAGACGGAGACUGAAGGCCCCACAUCUCAAACAUGCACUGAUCCUAUAACCUCGUAUGGACACUCGGAUGUAACAGGGACCAGUGAAUUCACGCAGCAGGUUUAUCAGGGGAACAAUCCUUCUGUCACCUCGUUCAGCCCGGUCUCUUUCCCUCCUCUGGCGCAGUCGGGUUUAUACUCGUCUUUCUCUCAGAGCGGACAGACGUAUGGACUCCCUCCUUUCGGAGCUUUGUGGCCGGGCGUCAAAUCAGAGGCAGUGCCCUCGGAGGCGCCCUCUACUGGUCAGCCCGGGUUUCUCAGCUUCAGCGCCGCAUACUGCCCCCCUCAGGCUGCGCCACUACACUACUCCUACCCCAGCCAAGGCUCGAGUUUUACCACGUCCAGUGUUUACUCCAGUCUGCCCUCGGCCACUGCCCCCACCACAGUGUCUUCUACUGCUCCACAGGAGCUGAGCACUUACAGCGCCCUGGGACAGUUCCCUCAGUACUACUCUCUGCCUCAGUCCUUUGUCCCUGCAGCUCUGUCCUCCUCCGAUGAUCACUCCGCCUCCUCCGGCUUUAAAUCUGAGGAGGCUGCGGCCGCUGGACUGCCCCCUAGAGACUCGUCUCCUCCAGAGUCACUCCCGGCUGCUGCAGCUCUGCCCACAGCGCCCCCUGCAGGAGCGCGGGAGCAGGACGACAUGAGCCGUAGGAACUCCAUGGGAAAAUCCAAAGGAAAAAACAAGAAAGCAGAGAGCCCACCCACCGAGACCGACCUGGAGCGCAUCUUUCUGUGGGAUCUGGAUGAGACCAUCAUCAUUUUCCACUCACUGCUCACAGGCUCCUAUGCACAGAAGUUUGGGAAGGACCCAGCCACAGUCCUGAACCUGGGUCUGCAAAUGGAGGAGUUGAUCUUUGAGCUCGCAGAUACUCACCUUUUCUUCAACGACCUCGAGGAGUGUGAUCAGGUUCAUGUUGAAGAUGUAGCUUCAGACGAUAACGGACAAGACCUCACUAACUAUAACUUUGUAGCAGACGGCUUCAGUGGCUCAGGGGGGGCGGGGGCAGGAGGGGCCAACAGCGGAGUGCAGGGAGGAGUGGAGUGGAUGAGGAAACUGGCCUUCAGAUACAGAAGAUUAAAGGAGAUCUACAACGGAUACAAGAACAACGUGGGAGGUCUGCUGAGUCCGAUAAAGAGAGACCUGCUCCUGAGGCUGCAGACGGAGAUCGAAAACGUGACUGACGCUUGGCUCAGCACAGCGCUCAAGUCUCUGCUGCUCAUACAGGGAAGAGGAAAGUGUCUGAACGUUCUGGUGACCACCACUCAGCUGGUUCCGGCUCUGGCCAAAGUUCUGCUGUACGGACUGGGAGAAGUGUUCCCCAUCGAGAACAUCUACAGCGCCACCAAGAUAGGGAAGGAGAGCUGCUUCGAGAGGAUCGUGUCCCGUUUUGGGAAGAAGGUGACGUACGUGGUGAUCGGAGAUGGACGAGACGAGGAGUUUGCUGCAAAACAACACAACAUGCCGUUCUGGAGGAUCUCGACUCACGGGGACCUCGUGUCUCUGCACCAGGCUCUGGAGCUGGACUUCUUAUAAAACAGACUGUUGUUUAAAUGAGCCGGGAGUCGGACUUAUCAUUAAACUCAGGCUCGUGUGGAGUUUAAAUGAGCCGUGAGCUGCAGCUUCACUUUCAGAGGACAGACUUUUCACUGACGCCCCUCUGAGCUGCUGUGGGCCUGCGUCACUCUGGACUCUGGACAGCGGACAUUUUGUGCGUUUGUUUUUGAAAACGCAGCGGACAUUUUGUGGGUCGAUCGUUGUUCGGAUUGUCGCUAACGGCAGCUAACCUCAUGAAGCUGGAACAGGCACUGACUUUAACCAAAAGGGAAGUUCAUUUGUUUUACUGUCCUCAUCUCUACAGUUUGAAUCGACCGUGUUGCUCCCUCCUGGAUUUCAAAUGGCACAAUAUCUCAAACUUACGGUAAUUUAAACAUUUUCUAUUUUAUUCAUCUCUGCACAAGAAUCAUCAUGCCUCAAGGAAAAACUCAUUUUAAAAGGGACCUAUUACAUCUGUUUUUCUAUCAUCAUCAUCAUCAUCAUCAUCAUCAUCAUCACUACCUACUAUUACUAUUACUAUUACUACUACUACUACUACUACCACCACAACUACAAUGUCUGUCCUUCAAGGAGUUUGAAAGGCACAAACUUCAAGUGGAACUUUAAUAGUGAACAUUGUCACUACUAAACGGUGUAUAUGGUGUUUGAACAACAUUAUAUACUGUUGCUAGGCAUUUUUGGCAACUUUAGUGUAAACUAGGUACAUUUACAGGCUUCAGUGACCUCUGCGAUUUCAAGUAGUUGAUGACAUCACACAGCACUGCCCUGGUUACAGCCUCGUGUUUCUGAUACAAACAGCUGGCUGCAGGGGUGGAAUUUGAAGUUUGGAUACCUGUUCGACCAGUCCCACUGUCGUACUCUCCCCUUUAAUUCUCCAGGUACUGCCCGGUUUAGCAGCUCUAUUUGAAAUGUGGUCGUGGGUGAAGUUUAGGUGUUAAGUCCCAUUUGUACGGAAGCCGAGAGGGGUCACAACAAACGCAAACGCCGCGACAACACAGCAAAAAGCCACAACGGAAAUGACAGCAGGACUCUAUUUUAAUACAAACGCCACAACACAAACGCAAAUGCCGCAACACAUUAAAAAGCCACAACACAUUAAAAAGCCACAACGGAAGUGACCGCAGGACUCUAUUUUAAUGCAAACGCAGCAACAAACGCAAAAGCCACAACACAAACGCAAAUGCCGCAACACAGUAAAA